ACCUUGACUCAGAGCAGCGGGGCAGCAGCAGGUGUGGGGCCCCACGUUGUCCCCAGGCCGCUGAGCGGGGCAGGAAGCUCAGGUGCCCCGCAGUCAUGGCUGAGAGCCACAGCUGGUGGAAGCUGACCUUCCUGAGGAAGCGUAAAUCCAUGCCCAAGGUGCUGUAUGACAGCCCCGACAUCCACGCCGGCGAUGGCCCCGAGGGUUCAGCUGAGGAAGGGACGCCCGACUUCGCCGCCCGCCUGGAGAAGAUCGUGGAUAAAAACACCAAAGGGAAACACGUCAAGGUGUCCAACUCCGGCCGCUUCAAGGAGAAGAAGAAAGUCAGGCCCACGCUGGCUGAGAACCCCGGGCUCUGUGCAGACAGCGAGCGAGAGGAGAAAUGAGGCUGGGAGGGGGCAGUUCGGGUCCAUCCUGCCCCCCCAUGGACCCCCAUUGCUGCCCCAUUGGGAUCCCUUGACAGAGCUGGGGGGCUCAGCGCUGCACCCCCCCCAAUGGCACUUUGUUAGGAAAACGGACUCAGAUAGGACUUUAUUUAAGGAAAAAAAAGCAAGAAUCCUAUUUAAAUGCAGCCCCGGUGGGCGCUGGCUGCUGGCUCACUGGGUGACAAAGGGGGGAUGGAUGGGGCAGGGAGCGCUGCAGGGCACAGCCCCAACGCCGUGCAGCCCCUCGCUGUGCUGUGGGGCACCCAUGAGCAGCACUGGGCUGAGUCCUGCUGGCACAGGGCAGCCCAGGACAAAGCACUGGGGGCUCAGUUUGGCUGCAGGACCACUGGAGCCCCUUGGCUGCGUGCUGCCCUGAGCAAACACAGAGGUGACACCAGGACGAAGCCCUGCUCAUCCCCAAAGCCAGAGGAGCUGCGCGGCCCUCUGUGCUGAUCUUUGCACUGCUGGAUGCAGCCAAGCCUGGCCAAAGGAUGGGCAGCUGCUGAGGAAACCAUUGGGAGCUGGGAGGGCUCCAGGUUUCCCAGCAGGAGCUGCGUUGCUGCCCAGGACCGGGAAUUGCUCUUUGCUCCCAGAAGGGGAGAGCUGCUCACAGACCGUGGCGAGGGAGCCGAGCUCACAGCCUCUUCUCUUUUUGCUGUUCUUAUUUUUUUAUUGUGGAAGCUGAGCCUUUCGUGAGGUCUUCCAACUGUUCUUUGCGAAUAAAGCAGGUCUGGGAACAAA